UCCGGGGCUCAGACCGGGAGCACGGCAGGACGGACCCGGUCUCGGUCCGGGGUUCAGACCGGGGGCACGGCGGGACGGACCCGGACCCGGUAUCGGAUCGGAGCUCAGACCGGGAGCACGGCGGGACGGACCCGGAUCCGGGCACAGAUGAGGCUGGCACCGGGAGCACGGCAGGAAGGACCAAGGCUCGGUCCGGGGCUCAGACCGGAGCAGGGCGGGACGGACCCGGUUCCGGUCUCCGUUCGCUCCCGGACCCGGUCUCGGUUCGCUCCCGGUCUCGGAUCGGGGUUCAGACCGGGGACAGGGCGGGAUGGACCCGGUUCCGGUCUCGGUUCGCUCCCAGACCCGGUCUCGGAUCGCUCCCGGUCCCGGUCUCGGAUCGCUCCCGGUCUCGGUUCGCUCCCGGUCCCGGUCUCGGUUCGCUCCCGGUCCCGGUCUCGGAUCGAUCCCGGUCCCGGUCUCGGAUCGCUCCCGGUCUCGGGUCGCUCCCGGUCCCGGUCUCGGAUCGCUCCCGGUGUCGGUUCGCUCCCGGUCCCGGUCUCGGAUCGCUCCCGGUCUCGUAUCGCUCCCGGUCCCGGCACGCGGCUGAGCCGGGGCGGGGGCGUGGCCAGGUCGGCUCAGCGGGCGGAGUCACGCCAGGCCCCGCCCAGUCGGGGCCGAGCGCCACGCGGCCGGGCCCUGGCAGCGGCGGGGCCCUCAGCGCCCGUCCCGGGCUGCCCGCGCUGCCGCCUGCUCGCGGGACGGCCCCGCCGUGGCCCGAGGAGCCGCCCCUGCCGGUCUGACCGGUCCGACCGGCUCCUCCGCCCUGCCCGGCUCGGUCGCCGCCCGCUCCGAGCGGCCGUGCCCCGCGGCGGUGACAGCGGAGCCCUGAGGAUGAGGGACCGGAUCCCGGGAAUCUGCGGAGCCCUGAGGAUGCGGGGCCGGAUCCCGGGAAUCUGCGGAGCCCUGAGGAUGCGGGGCCACAUCCUGGCCCUGCUGGGCCUGGCCCUGGCCUUGGCAUCGCUGCUGCCCACGGCCGGAGCACGCCGGAGCCAGGACCUGCACUGCGGAGCCUGCCGGGCGCUGGUGGACGAGCUGGAGUGGGAGAUCGCCCAGGUGGAUCCCAGGAAAACCAUCCAGAUGGGCUCGUUCCGCAUCAACCCCGACGGCAGCCAGUCCGUGGUGGAGGUGCCGUACGCUCGCUCGGAGGCGCACCUGACGGAGCUGCUGGAGCGCGUCUGCGAGAAGAUGAAGGAGUACGGCGAGAAGGUGGAUCCGGCCACGCACCGCAAGAGCUACGUCCGGGUCAUCUCCCACGACGGCACCAAGAUGGACCUUUCCGGAGUCAAAUUCGACGGGGAUGUGACCUCCAGCCUGAAAUUCGCGUGCGAGAGCAUCGCUGAGGAAUACGAGGAUGAGCUCAUCGAGUUUCUCUCGCACGAGGCUGAGAACGUCAAGGACCGGCUCUGCAGCAAGAGGACGGACCUGUGUGACCACGCGCUCCACAUCCCACACGACGAGCUGUGACUGCCUCCUCCGGAGCAGGGACCGGGACAGCGCCGGGACCCAGCGGGGCGUCCCCGGGACCCAGCGGGGUGUCCCCGGGACCCAGCGGGGUGUCCCCGGGACCCAGCGGGGCGUCCCCAGGACAGACGGAUCUGCCGGGACCUCCACGGCUCCGGAGCCGCUGCCUCGCCCCGUGCGGAGCUCCCGUCCUAUUUAUUCCCCGUCCGGGGACACCGGGACGGCCACGGGGCCGGGGCCACGUCCUCGCUCCUGCAGGGACAUUUCAGGGACAUUCCUGCCCCGCUGCUGGGGGACGCGGGGGAGACGCUGGGGCUCAGCCCCCCAUGGGUGGGGGGUUUGGGGACCCCCCUCCCUGCUGCAGGCAAUAAAGGGGCCGUGGGCCCACCCGAGGGCA